GGCAACCGGAAGCGUUGUGCCACAUUCCCAGCGCUUCCUCUCGCAACAAGCAGCUCCACUCACAGCCCAAGUGCCGCCCGGAACAACUUUUCUUUUCUGUCGCUACUUUCACUGGCGCCACUGUUAUUCGUACUAUACAUCGAUCUUUUCUGACCGCCUUGGAGUUUAAAGCGAUUCCGCGAUGGUUAAAGUGUCUUUCAACUCAGCCUUGACGCUGAAAGAAAUGAAGAAGGACACGGUGACGCUCCUUCCCGACCAGGACAAAGACGCUGAGGCGGCGAUGGCAGCGGCAGGGCUCCUGCGCCGGCGGUCCCAAGCGUGGCGCUGGUGCCUGUGUCUGGGUCUGGCCCUCAUGGUUUCGGGGAUGCUGGUGGGCGGGGCCUACCUCUACCGCUACUACGUUCUGGAGGACAGCCAAGUGUUUGUGUGCGGGGUCAACUACCGCGAGGAGGACCUCAGCCUGAUGGAAGUGCAGCAGGUGGAGGCGGAGCUCUCCAAGCCUCUGAAGCAGCUGGAGGAGCAGAUCCGGAUUCUGGAGCGGGAGCAAGUGGCGCUCAUCAAGGUGCCCGUGCCCGACUUUGAGGACGGCGACCCGGCCGACAUUGUGCACGACUUCCAGCGGGGGCUGACGGCCUACCUGGACCUGAGCCUCAACAAGUGCUACGUGCUCCCGCUCAACACCUCGGUGGUGGUGCCGCCCAGGGACUUCCUGGAACUGCUGAUCAACAUCAAGGCGGGCACCUACCUGCCGCAGUCGUACCUGGUGCACGAGGAGAUGGUGGUGACGGAGCGGCUGGAGCACAGCGAGCGGCUGGGCGACUUCAUCGGCAAGCUGUGCCGCGGCAAGCAGACCUUCAAGCUGCAGCGCCGCGAGCGCAUCUUGGGCAUGCAGAAGCGGCAAGUUCUCAACUGCCGCAAGAUUCGCCACUUUGAGAGCAAGUUUGUGGUGGAGACCUCCAUCUGCCAGUUUUAAGCCGCCGCCCACUUUUCCAUCUGUUCUUAUUUCACGCGUUCCUUGAAUGAAAAGGUCAAGGCGCCGCCGCCGCCGCCGGCACUACUUAAGCGUUGAUUUGCGUGACAUUUGUGAGGGCACACCACGGAUGCUGGGGCUUUUCUUUUUUUUUUUUUAAACACACUUCCUGACUCAUUAACUGGACUUUUCUUUCCUGUUGGCUUUAAAUUGAUCAAUUUGUUUGUGUGUGUUCCGGGGGGGGGGGGUAAAUAACUAUGUAAUCUUUGUACAGUUCAAAAGAAUAGAAAAUAAAUCGUUUAGCUGAUGGUA